AUGCGUGCCAGUACUGCAUCCCUCAUCGGGGCCUUGGCUGCUUUCAGCAGCUUGGUAGUCGCCCAUCCUCUCACUGAUGCAACCUUGGAGAACCUCUUCAAGCGUGCAGUAUCCCCGGAUAACACUUGUGGGUUUGCAUAUAACGGAGCUGGCAACAACUACACCUGUGAUUCAACAACUGCUGGAACCUGUUGUUCUCAAUAUGGUUACUGCGGUUCUACCUCAGACUAUUGUGGCACCGGAUGCCAAUCUGACUUCGGAUCCUGCACUGGCGGUGGUGACGGUACCGUCACCACCCCCGUUGACCCGCUCCUCUGCGGUGCUACCAAUGGCGGAAAUUCAUGUGCCGCAGGUCUCUGCUGUUCGCAGUACGGAUACUGUGGAAACACCACUGACUACUGUGAUACCGGCUGCCAAUCUACCUAUGGAACCUGUGACACCGGAGCAGACACUGGCAGCGAUACCCUCUGUGGGCCAAUGAACAAUGGUGCUGUUUGUGGUAACGGCGAGUGCUGCAGUCCUGCCGGUUACUGUGGUACCACCGAGGACUACUGCAAGUCUCCGGAUUGUUUGGUUGGAUACGGUACCUGUGAUGCGAGCUUGACACCAGCUGGUGCCAGUACCGCGAGCAUUCCGAGACCAGUUUUGGGAAGUGUGCCAUACGGUGCGGAUAUCUAUGACUGUGGUAACAACCCGGGUGUUGUUGGUUUGACUUUCGAUGAUGGUCCAUACCUCUACACCAAUGACCUUCUCGAUAUUCUCGCAUCAUAUGGUGCCAAGGCUACCUUCUUUAUCACCGGAAACAACAACGGAAAGGGUUCGAUUGAUACAACUGCUGCUUGGACCUCAGUUAUCCAGAGGAUGAUCGCAGACGGUCAUCAGGUCGCUUCUCACACUUGGUCUCACGCAAACUUGUCUUCGUACUCUGCCGCUGAUCAGGAGACGGAGAUGAUCAAGAACGAGAUGGCGCUCCGCAACAUCAUCGGGAAGAUCCCAACUUACAUGCGUCCUCCGUACUCUGAGUGCAAUGAUGUUUGCAAGUCUACCAUGACCAAGCUCGGAUACCACGUCACCUACUUCGAUCUCGAUACCCAGGAUUACCUCCACACCACCCCCGAGACUCAGCAGCUGUCAAAGGAUGUCGUUCACAACAUCUUGUCUGGUGCUAACUCGGCCACCGAUGACUACUUGUCGAUCGAGCACGAUAUCCAUGAUCAGUCCGUACACAACUUGACUGGGUAUUUCCUGGACCAAAUGGUUGCUUACGGCUUCAAGGCUGUGACUGCCGGUACUUGCUUGGGUGAUCCUGAGGCAAACUGGUAUAGAGAUGCCUCUGGUACCUCUUCGCGCCUGUAA